AAUCAAGUACUUUCAAUCUACAGUUUGCAGUCGUCUGCUGAACGCAACCAUAAAUAGACGUAGUAGGGAAACCCUUCUCCCAACAGAAUGUUAUCUGCGAAAGGAAACGUAUUAACGCUUUGGGUUGCAUCUUGGAUUGGUCUGAUGUGCUUAUCAGCCUACUGUACUUCAGCACAGAUAUCUCUGCUCCCGCAGCCUUCGAUCUGUGGCAAUGAUGCACCAGAACGUCUCAUUACUAGCCUAGUUACUCAACUCGAUGAGGCCCCCUGGAUGGCUUUGAUCGAGUAUUGGAAGCCGAACGGAAGCUUAAGCUAUCUAUGUGGAGGAUCAUUGAUUAACGAGCGUUACGUCGUCACAGCUGCUCACUGCGUUACUUCACUGCCGCAAGGCUGGACAGUCCACCGGAUACGGCUUGGUGAGUGGGAUCUGAGCACUUCCGAGGACUGUGACCACAGCCGGUGCAACGAUGCACCGAUUGAUGUGGCAGUUGAUAAAAUUACUGUUCAUGAGGACUACAAAUCACCGAGCAGAAAUCAUCGUAAUGAUAUAGCGUUGAUUCGCCUAGACCGACCGAUGCCUUACACCGAAACAAUUGCACCCAUCUGUUUACGUCAGAAUGGCUCGCUUCAAACACAACGGUACCGAACCAUGCACAGCGUCGGUUGGAUUAAGGAGGAUUUCGGAUCAAUUGGCGGGAAGAAGCUACAGGUGCAACAGGACUUAGUGGAUAUUCAGAAUUGCUCAUCGAUUUAUCUGCAGGCUGGUAUUGCCUUGGCGGACACCCAGCUUUGUGUAGCCCAGCAGAAGCACAAUCGCAUUGAUGUCGCUGGUGGUCCAUUGAUGCAACGGAUUGCAGGGCAUUGGUAUCUCUUUGGAGUGGCAAGUUUUGGGGCGCGGAACUAUGGUACGGUGAAACUGCCCAACGUUUACACCAACGUGAUGGAAUAUGUGGAUUGGAUUCAGAGUAACAUUGAAUAGAAAUUAGCAUUGCUAUGAAGGAUU